AUGUCUUCCACUUUGAUCAUUGCUGCUAAGUCACCGGCAGUUGCUUAUGCAGAGCUAAUUGCAGCUCGCGCUGUGAACGAGGCGAAGCAGGACGCUGUGGCCAUCCAGUUUACGGAGGGGAAGGAAGCCGCGGCAGCGUCGUUCGACGGGGAAUCGCAGAAUGCGCUUGAAAGAAUGGUGGAGAAGUACCCAGACGUGCUCGGAUCCGUACCCGAGGAGGCUGCGUGGUGGAUAGCAUAUGCCAGAACGGAUCUUGUUGUCAAGGACUUCAAGAAGCUGUCCGGAUCGCUAGAGAAGCUGGACGCGCACUUGAACCUGCGGACGUUUGUGCUGGGCGGCAUGCAGCCCACAGUUGCGGACGUCGCGGUGUGGGGCGCUCUGCGCUCCAAUGGACCUGUGGGCUCGAUUAUCAAGAACAAGGUGUACGUGAACGUGUCGCGCUGGUACACCACGUUGGAGCUGAUCCCUGCGUUUGGGGGAGCGCACGAGUUCCUGGCUAAGAGCUUGAAGGAGCUAAAGGCUGCGGGAAACGUAAACAAGAAGAAGGAGACACACAAGGCGAACUUUGAGAUUGACUUGCCGGAUGCCAAGAUCGGCGAGGUUGUGACCCGUUUCCCACCAGAGCCCUCUGGAUACCUGCACAUCGGACACGCGAAGGCGGCGCUGUUGAACCAGUAUUUUGCACAGGCAUACAAAGGUAAGUUGAUCAUCAGGUUCGACGACACCAACCCGUCCAAGGAAAGGGUUGAGUUCCAGGACUCUAUCUUGGAGGACCUGGAGCUACUGGGCAUCAAGGGUGACAGAAUUACCCACUCCUCCGACUACUUCCAGGAGAUGUACGAUUACUGUGUGCAAAUGAUCAAGGAGGGCAAGGCCUACUGUGAUGACACUCCUACCGAACGCAUGCGUGAAGAGCGUAUGGAAGGGAUUGCCUCUGCGAGAAGAGAGCGUUCGGUUGAAGAAAACUUGAAGAUUUUCACGGAGGAGAUGAAAAACGGUACCGAGGAGGGUUUAAAGAACUGUGUUCGUGCCAAGAUUGACUACGCAGCCCUAAACAAGACACUAAGAGACCCUGUCCUUUACAGAUGCAACUUGACCCCACAUCACCGCACCGGUACCGCUUGGAAGAUCUACCCCACAUACGACUUCUGUGUUCCAAUUGUGGAUGCGCUAGAAGGUGUCACCCAUGCUCUACGUACGAUUGAAUACAGAGACCGCAAUGCUCAGUACGAGUGGAUGUUGAAUGCCCUAAAGUUGAGAAAGGUUCACAUCUGGGACUUUGCGCGUGUGAACUUUGUUCGGACGCUGUUGUCCAAGAGAAAGCUACAAUGGCUGGUUGACAAGCAGGUUGUCUCCAACUGGGAUGACCCUAGAUUCCCAACUGUAAGAGGUGUGAGAAGACGCGGUAUGACCAUUGAGGGUCUUCGCAACUUCGUGCUAUCCCAGGGCCCUUCCAGAAAUGUUAUUAACCUGGAAUGGAACCUCAUCUGGGCAUUCAACAAGAAGGUCAUUGACCCAAUUGCUCCAAGACACACGGUGGUCACUAACCCGGUUAAACUUCAUUUGAAUGGUGCUGAUGUUCCUCAGACGCCUCUAACGGAAAUGAAACCAAAACACAAAAAGAACCCAGCCGUUGGCGAGAAGAAGGUCAUCUAUUACAAGGAUGUUCUAAUUGGCGCUGAGGAUGCUGCGAUGCUUGCGGCUGGUGAAGAGGUUACAUUGAUGGACUGGGGUAAUGCUAUUAUCAGAGGGAAGAAUGACGAUGGGUCCUUGACCGCGGACUUGAACUUGGAAGGUGAUUUCAAGAAGACCAAGUUCAAAUUAACUUGGUUGGCAGACACCUCAGACACCGUUCCUGUGGACUUGGUUGACUUUGACCACUUGAUCAGCAAGGACAGACUAGAGGAAGAGGAUAACUUUGAAGACUUCCUCACCCCGGAGACGGAAUUCCACACGACAGCCAUCGCAGACUUGAAUGUCAAGGAUAUGAAGGUUGGUGAUGUUAUUCAGUUCGAAAGAACCGGGUAUUAUAGACUAGACACCGUUGGAUCCGGCGACAAACCUUUUGUCUUCUUCACUAUUCCAGAUGGUAAGGCUGUCAACAAGUACGGUGCUAAGAAAUGA